AUGCACAACGCAGCCGCAUGGGACAAGAAGCUGAGCAUGGCAGAGUUCGCCUACAACAACACGCACCACUCCGCCACAGGCAUGUCACCGUUCUUCGCACUGUACGAUCAGCACCCCAAUGUCCCCACUCGUGUCGAUCUCAAACCCACUGUCCCUCGUGCGGACAACUUCCACCAGCAUCUCACCUUCAUUCAUGAUCACGUGAAGAAGCACCUUGAGCUCACAAAUGCACGCUUGGCACGCACCACCAACCGCAGUCGUCGUGAGGUGUUGUUCGCAGUCGGCGAUCGUGUUCUCUUGGAUAGCCGCAACCUCCGACUGCCACAGGACAGCAAGCUUUGCCCGCGCUUCAUCGGUCCAUUCGUCAUUGAGCGCACACUUGGCCAUGACCGCACUCCACUGCCGGUAGCUGUUGAGACCGACGAGCCCGACUACCAGAUCCAGCGCAUCCUCAGGCACCGUCGCCGUCUCCAGGGGGGUGUCUCUUUCAACGACUUCUUGGUUCGUUGGCGUGGUUACGACGCAGCAGAUGACAGCUGGGAUCCUUCGUCCUCGCUGUCUCCCGACAACGCUUGCCUCCAAGCGUACCUUCAGUCUGCAGGCGCCACGGACGUUGCCUCCUUGGGAGGGGGGUAG